CUCAAGAUCUCACUAAACACAUAUUUCUGGAGACACACCUUGGGCCCAUCAAGCGUCCGAACCUGAAUAAUCGGACAAUAAGUCACACACUAAUUACACCCAACACAAAAUCUGGAGAUAUAGUUUUCGUCUAAUCAAGCGUCCUUUCCUGCAAAACUAGACAACAAGUCACACACCAGUAUCUGAUCAAUGUGGCAACGCAGCUGCGAUCAAACCCCUGUCAUGCGAUGAUUUAAUCAAAAAAAAAUUAAAGCGAAAAUGAGCGACACGAGCGGACCGGGCAAGAGUCCGGCGCCCAAGGCUAAGCCAGAAGGCAGCAAGUGGCUGGAUGAAGGGUCCAAGGUCGUUUUCUUUGACUUGGAGGAUGAAGAUGAGGGGAUCACCAGCUAUUCGCAAAGCAAUUCGCUGUCGCAUAUUUGGGAGCAGGGACUCCAGCAGCAGGCACAGAUACACAAGCUCAAGAAGAUGAUAAAAUCGAAGUCGCACGCGCACGUCAAAGUGGCCCAGCGGGCCGCAGAGACACGCAAAAAGUUGGAGGAGGAGCAGAAACGUGCGGGCAGCAUGGAGCAGCAGCUGAAGCGAGCCUGUCAGGAGAAGCAGCAAUCGAAGGAUUUACUGGCGGACACGCAGGUGAUACGCCGGAGUCUGGAGAGCCGCCUCGAUAAACUGAGCGAGAAGAAGAAGUGGGCGGAGCAGUGCAAUACCCAGCUGGAGUCCAAGCUGCAGCAGACCCUCAUCCAGUGCAAGCAGCUCGAUGAAAAAUGCGCCCAUAGCGGCGAGCUGCUGGAUAUGAAACAGAUCGACUUCGAUAGAAUCACAAAGCGAUACAACGCCCUGGAGUCGGACUUUGAGGCCAUGGUGCUGAAGAAGGAGGUCCAGAUACAUCAGCUGAAGGGCUCGCUCGAGCUGGCCCAGAAUCGAUGCCAGCAGCUGGAGCCGGAGAACGUGCGCCAGCAGCAGUACAUCCAGCAGCUGGAGGCCAGGCGGGCGACCUUGGAGCACGGCAAUGCCCAGCUGAAUAGCCACAUGGAGGAGACCCUGGCUGAGCUCAGUUCCCUCGAUGAUCUGUUGCUCAAGAAUAAUAUGUCUCGCGUGGGCCUCAGUCGCGCCGAUCGCAUUGGCAAACUCAAUGAGGAGCUGCCUCGGGCCAUGGGCAGUCCCCAAAGCCUGACAGAUGAUCUGCAAAAGCUACUGGAAGAGCGGAACAAGGAGCUGCUCCUGCUGCGUGAGCAGGAGCAGGAGGCACUACGUACUGUGACCACAUUGAGUAAGGAGAAAACGCGACUGCAGCUGCGCCUUGUGCAAAUGGAAAAGGAAUUGGGCGCAGUGAAACAAAAUUUGGCGACAACCUAUUCGCAGCUAGAGCAGAAAAUUAAUCCGUUGAUAGCUGAACGGGAUGCGCUGCGCAAUCGCCGCCAGAAGGCCGACAGCCAGCUGAAGAGCAUUCAACUGGACAUGCUGCAAUUGAGCGAGGAAAACAAGCAUCUCAAACAGGAAUGUGAUCGGCUGAAGGAGGACAACUGGCGCAUGUCCACGAAGCGGGAGACAGCGGAUGCGCUGCGCCUGGAGCUGGAUCGGCACCAAGGCCUCUUGGUGGCUGCCCAAACGGAGGUGGAUCGACUGACCCAGCUGCACUCAGAGACCUCACACGAGAAGGAUGUGCUCAGCUACGAGCUGCAGGAGCAGCGCGAACAAAUCGCCAAGCUCGAGCAAAGUCUACAGAGCGUAGAGUUCAAUGCAGAGCAGCAGGCCAAAAGGCUGGCGUCGGAGAAGAAGAGUCUGCAGAGCGAGCUGCAGCAGUUGCAGAGCGAGCUGCAGCAGUUGCAGGCGAAAUGUGAGCCAGAGAACUGCAGUAGCUGUGCGAAGAAGUUGGCUGAAAUUCGAAGUGCUGAGAUUCAAAUGAGCAGGCUGCAGAAGAGCAACAAGAGGCAGGCGAAAAUCCUAAAGGAACAGGAGCUGCAGCUCACGCUGCAGAGCCCCUGCGCUCGCACCCCAGCUAUGGACAUUUCCACCACGCAGCAGAGUCUGCUCAUGGCGCUCAAGGAGAAUGCCGAGCAAUUCAAGGAGUUUAUCAAUCAGCAGGAAAAGCAGGACACCAGUAUUGAUGCCACGCCCACCCAUUCGAACAUGAAACAUUUUGGUUAAAUUUGCUGCAAUUGUUUUUGGUUUUUGUUUUGAUUAAAUCAGCCAACCAUUGGCUGAUCAGAGAUCAAUGUCUUUUCUUGUAUUGAGUGCAGCUCAGUCUUCAGUCGAGAGGUAUAGCAGGCCGGCU